UUCAGUCGAGCGUUUGUUACCGAACUAGGAAGGUCGGUCUCACUGUGGUAGCUAAACUGAGCUCUCGUCUCUCUGUCGGGUGGUACAGCCAGUGUGCCAGUACUAGUACAGCUCCUCUCAGCUCUCCGCUCUGUCCGCCGCCUGCGUUACGCUGGUGUUGCUGCUUACACAAUAACUGUGCAUCGAUAAAGCCCAAGAAGAAGCACACACACAGGAUACGAAUAUACACAUAACAUAUACCAUAGAAGCGCAAAAAAAAGAGGCAAACUCUUAAGCUGUUACAGCUUAACGAGUAUAAAAGUAAAAGAAAACGUGUGUGUGAUUUGUUAUUGUUGUAUUAAGAAGUGCAAAUAAGUUUAUUAACACUGUUCAAGAAGACGGGGUAGUUUUCAGUGAAAUCUCGCCCCUCCGAAACAGAAACCGAAACCACAACUACACGGGGCAAACGGCAACGCUAAACGGAAAAAUUGUGUAAUAUCUUACUCGACGUGUAAAAGUCAAGACGCAAGAUGCCGGCCAAAGCAGCUAAAAAAGAGAAUUUAGAUGAUCUCAAACAGGAGUUGGACAUCGACCAUCAUAAAAUCUCUCCUGAGGAUUUGUAUCAGCGCUUUCAGACACAUCCCGAAAAUGGUUUGAGUCACGCCAAGGCCAAGGAGAAUCUGGAGCGAGAUGGUCCCAAUGCGCUCACACCGCCCAAGCAGACACCCGAAUGGGUGAAGUUCUGCAAGAAUCUGUUCGGUGGCUUCGCCAUGUUGCUGUGGAUCGGUGCUAUACUUUGUUUUGUGGCCUAUUCGAUUCAGGCCACCACCAGCGAGGAGCCAGCCGAUGAUAACUUGUAUCUGGGUAUUGUACUUUCCGCUGUCGUCAUUGUGACAGGCAUCUUCUCCUACUACCAGGAAUCGAAAAGUUCCAAGAUCAUGGAGUCGUUCAAGAACAUGGUGCCCCAGUUUGCCACCGUUAUUCGCGAGGGCGAGAAACUCACGCUGCGCGCCGAGGAUCUCGUGUUGGGCGAUGUGGUCGAAGUCAAGUUCGGUGAUCGUAUUCCUGCCGAUAUUCGCAUCAUUGAGGCUCGCAACUUCAAGGUGGACAACUCGUCGUUGACUGGUGAAUCGGAGCCGCAGUCCCGUGGCGCUGAGUUCACACACGAGAAUCCUUUGGAGACUAAGAACUUGGCCUUCUUCUCGACCAACGCCGUUGAGGGCACCGCCAAGGGUGUUGUCAUCAGCUGUGGCGAUCACACUGUGAUGGGUCGCAUUGCUGGCUUGGCAUCCGGUCUGGAUACCGGUGAGACUCCCAUUGCCAAGGAAAUCCAUCAUUUCAUCCAUCUGAUUACCGGCGUCGCUGUAUUUUUGGGCGUUACCUUCUUCGUCAUUGCCUUCAUUUUGGGCUAUCACUGGCUGGAUGCUGUCAUCUUCCUGAUUGGUAUUAUUGUCGCCAACGUGCCCGAGGGUCUGCUGGCCACCGUCACGGUGUGCUUGACCCUGACUGCCAAGCGUAUGGCAUCGAAGAAUUGUUUGGUGAAGAAUUUGGAGGCUGUCGAAACCCUGGGUUCCACCUCGACCAUCUGCUCUGAUAAGACCGGCACCCUCACCCAAAACCGUAUGACAGUCGCUCACAUGUGGUUCGACAACCAGAUCAUUGAAGCCGAUACCACUGAGGAUCAGUCGGGUGUUCAAUACGAUAGAACAAGCCCUGGAUUCAAGGCGCUCUCUCGCAUUGCCACUCUCUGUAACCGCGCCGAAUUCAAAGGUGGCCAGGAUGGUGUGCCAAUUCUCAAGAAGGAAGUCAGCGGUGAUGCCUCCGAGGCUGCUCUGCUCAAGUGCAUGGAACUCGCUCUCGGCGAUGUGAUGAACAUCCGCAAGCGCAACCGCAAGAUCGCUGAGGUGCCAUUCAACUCAACCAACAAGUACCAGGUGUCGAUUCACGAAACUGAGGAUACUAACGAUCCACGCUAUCUGCUGGUCAUGAAGGGUGCUCCCGAACGUAUUCUGGAACGCUGCUCGACCAUUUUCAUCAACGGCAAGGAGAAGGUGCUGGACGAGGAGAUGAAGGAGGCAUUCAACAACGCGUACAUGGAGCUUGGAGGUCUGGGCGAGCGUGUGCUCGGUUUCUGCGAUUUCAUGCUGCCAUCCGACAAAUACCCAACUGGUUACAAGUUCAACACCGAUGACAUUAACUUCCCCAUUGACAAUCUGCGUUUCGUUGGUCUCAUGUCUAUGAUUGAUCCCCCACGUGCGGCUGUGCCCGAUGCCGUUGCCAAGUGCCGUUCGGCUGGUAUCAAGGUCAUCAUGGUUACUGGUGAUCAUCCCAUCACUGCCAAGGCUAUUGCCAAAUCUGUGGGCAUCAUCUCUGAGGGCAACGAGACCAUUGAGGAUAUCGCCCAGCGCCUCAACAUCCCUGUAUCGGAGGUCAAUCCUCGCGAAGCUAAGGCCGCUGUUGUGCACGGUGCUGAGCUCCGCGAUGUGUCCUCUGAUCAAUUGGAUGAAAUUCUCCGCUAUCACACCGAGAUUGUCUUCGCCCGUACCUCGCCCCAACAGAAGCUGAUCAUUGUCGAGGGUUGCCAGCGUAUGGGAGCCAUUGUGGCUGUAACUGGUGAUGGUGUCAACGAUUCUCCUGCCCUGAAGAAGGCUGAUAUUGGUGUUGCUAUGGGUAUCGCCGGUUCCGAUGUGUCCAAGCAGGCCGCUGACAUGAUCUUGUUGGACGAUAACUUUGCCUCGAUUGUGACUGGUGUUGAGGAAGGUCGUUUGAUCUUUGACAAUCUGAAGAAAUCCAUUGCCUACACUCUGACCUCCAACAUACCCGAAAUCUCACCUUUCCUCGCCUUCAUUCUGUGCGAUAUUCCACUGCCAUUGGGUACCGUGACCAUUCUGUGCAUCGAUUUGGGCACUGACAUGGUGCCAGCCAUAUCAUUGGCCUACGAACACGCUGAAGCCGAUAUUAUGAAGCGUCCGCCACGUGACCCAUUCAACGAUAAAUUAGUGAACUCAAGAUUGAUUUCCAUGGCCUAUGGACAGAUUGGCAUGAUCCAAGCUGCUGCCGGUUUCUUUGUGUACUUUGUCAUUAUGGCUGAGAACGGUUUCCUGCCAAUGAAACUGUUUGGCAUCCGCAAGAUGUGGGACUCCAAGGCCGUUAACGAUCUAACUGAUUCGUACGGUCAGGAAUGGACCUAUCGCGAUCGCAAGACUUUGGAAUACACCUGCCACACUGCCUUCUUCAUCUCGAUUGUGGUUGUGCAAUGGGCCGAUUUGAUCAUCUGUAAGACGCGUCGUAACUCCAUCUUCCACCAGGGCAUGCGUAACUGGGCCUUGAACUUUGGCCUUGUUUUCGAGACCGUUCUCGCUGCCUUCCUCUCAUACUGCCCCGGCAUGGACAAGGGUCUGCGCAUGUACCCCCUGAAACUUGUCUGGUGGUUCCCAGCCAUUCCAUUUAUGUUGGCCAUCUUUGUGUAUGAUGAGACACGUCGUUUCUACUUGCGUCGCAACCCAGGAGGCUGGUUGGAGCAGGAGACAUACUAUUAAACACCUACACACAGCCACGCCCACGCCCACAUCCACACCCACACAACACAUCUACACCAAGCAGAAAAAGAAGAAGAAAAAGAAGAAGCAGGAGUAGAAGAAGAACAACCAACACAGAGUACUACACAGAUUCAGCAAGAGCAACAAAUAGUAAUUGUUUAUUUACCACAAAGUGCAACCACAGCGAUCACAGAUAUCUGUGUGGCUGGCUAUGAGAACAACAACAACUGCAACUGCAAUUGCAACUGCAUCUGCAUUGGCAACUUGCAACUUGCAACAGCAAUACCUUGAAAUGCAGCAGCAAGAACAACAAGAGCAACAGCUAUAGCAUAAAACAUAUUGAGAUAUGUUUUAGAAUUUUAAUUUAAUUAUUUAAAGUAAACAAACAAAAAGAAAACAAAUGCAAGCGAUAAUUAUUUUAAACAUUUAAGUAAAUUUAAAUUAUAAAUUAAAGCUAUAAAUAAGAUUUAAAUAAAAUAAAGUAAAAACUUUCAACAAAAAAACAAACAAACAAACAAAAAACAAAACAACCAACCAAGAAACAAAAUUUCGAAACAAUAACAAGAUGAAACUCCAACAAAGAACUCAGCAAACAAUAACCUAACAAAGUUUUUAGUAAAAUUAUUUAACAAAAACAAAGGCAAGAAGAAGAAACACAACAAUAUUCAAAUAAACAAGAACAGAAACAAACAAACAAACAAACAUAAACAACGCAAACAGCGCAAAGAAACAAAAGCAAAGCUAAAGCGCAACUAACAUUAAUAAUAUUUACAUACCUACUCACACACACAUACAAACAAACACACACACAAACACAACACACACAUACACACACUCAACGCAUGAAGAGACAAAUUAUAUAAGAAGUUUAGAAAAAUUAAAAGAAAAACUAAAACGAAAAUUUUGACAAAAAUAAAAAAAGAUGAAUAAAUUAGCGUAGUUACAAAAUAAGCAGAAAAGGAAGCAAAGAUAAACAAAGAAAUAAACAAGAAACAGCAACAACAACAACAACAAAACAACUUUCGAAAUAUUUGUGAGGCAACCGUGAAAACCGAAACAAAUUUAAAAUAAAC